CCCAAAUCGAUAAUAAUCCUCAACAAAAGGAAGCUCCCUCUGCAGCUCCACUGUCCCAGCAAUUUCUACUAAAACUAAAACACCAAAACUUACCAUUUCUUUCUAGCUGUGCCAGACACCCCAUUGUUUGAUUAGCUCUCAUUUUCAAUGGCUAGAAACAAAAACCAAACAGAACCCACCAAGCAAAUCCACCAUAACCAGAACCAAAACCCCCAGCCCCAAAAACCUACAAAACCACCCUCUUGGUCAGUUGUAAGAGGCCUAUUGAGCUGUAAGGAUCUCCAAACACUGCAACAACAACCACCACCAAAGCAACAACAAAAGCGACAACAACAGAAAGAGCUUCUACAGCAACAGCAAGAGCAAGCCAUGGAAGAGAAUGCAAAGAAAUGCAAGAAAAUGAAGUGCUCUGGCUCACUCUGUAGUAACACAAAGGUGAUGCACAGAGCUGAAACAGGAUCCCCUGAACUCUUCAAGAAAAGGGCCUUACUGGGUUCAAGUAGCAAUGAUGCUUCUAGCAGAUCCAUGAAAACUCCAUUGCAUGAACUCAACGGGGUUGUUUCCUCUACUAAUUCUUCUUCUUCAUUUUCUGCAUCUUCCAAUUCAUCCAGUGCUGGUGGGUCUUUCAGAGGAGUGCCAUUCAGGAGAUUCUCUGGCUGCUAUGAGUGUAGAAUGGUGGUAGAUCCUGUACUUGGUUUCACUAGAGACCCUUCUCUCAGGGCUACAAUCUGUUCUUGCCCUGAUUGUGGUGAGAUUUUCAUGAAAGCUGAAAACUUGGAGCUUCAUCAGGCUGUUAAGCAUGCAGUAUCUGAACUGGGUCCUGAAGACACUAGCAAAAACAUAGUGGAAAUCAUAUUCCAGUCAAGCUGGCUAAAGAAACAAGCACCCAUCUGCAAAAUCGACCGCAUCUUGAAAGUCCACAACACCCAGAAAACCAUAACCAAAUUCGAGGAGUACAGGGACUCCAUCAAAGCCAAAGCCACAAAGCUCCAAAAGAAACACCCACGUUGCAUAGCAGAUGGCAAUGAGCUCCUCAGGUUCCACUGCACCAACUUUGUUUGCUCACUAGGAGUAAACGGGUCCUCUAAUCUCUGCAACUCAAUCCCACAAUGCGAUGUGUGUAGCAUCAUAAAGAAUGGCUUCAAGGUAGGUGCAGAAUCAAGAGGAGUUGGUACUGAACUUGAAAAGGGAAUUUUGACAACCGCAACUAGUGGAAAAGCUCAUGACAAAGCUGGUGACAGUGAGAGCAACAAUGACAAGAGGGCAAUGCUGGUUUGCCGAGUGAUUGCAGGUAGGGUGAAGAAGAACAUGGAAGGAAGCAUGGAAGAGUAUGACUCUCUCGCUGGGGCUGUUGGGGUUUACUCUAAUUUGGAUGAACUGUAUGUGUUUAAUCCUAAGGCUAUUUUGCCUUGUUUUGUUGUCAUCUAUACAGGUUUCUAAUUGUAAUUUUAUUUUAACUAUUUCACA